CCCAGCCACAUAUAAAGAGAAAGUAACUUUGACAGAUGCAAUUGAGUGUGCUGCAUUGGGAUAGCCCACAGCAGGCAGCGUUAUGCCUCCAUCCUAGGAUUCCACGGGUCGCUUACACAGUUGAUUGAAAGAGAUACAUUGCAAAAAAAAAAAGUUUAGGUGGAUUUUCGCAAGUCGUUUGGCCCCCAGCAGGGCCUGACAGUUCUCCAGGAGUUCUGCAAUGAAGCAGCAGUGGGGCUUACAUGCAAGAUAGUUCUAUGAACAGCCUGAACUUUCCUAUAGCCCCCAUAAUAACAUUGGAAGGGACUCAAGCUGGGCGCAGGGAUUCACUAGUUUCACAAAAGCCCUUGAAGUCAGAAGAGCCAGAUGGAGAUCUGGAAGACGACGACACGACCAUUGAUGUCGAGAUUGAAAAUGUGAGACCUAGACCUCAAGGAUCAUCACCUGUAUAUGAAUAUGCUGUAAAUGAAUGUUAUAUAGACCCGGAGGGCAGUUCCAUAUAUGCAGACUCCGAACAUUCCAGCAGUAUAAGGAAGACGUCCAUUAUACGAACCUCCCAUCCUUUCGCAAAGAUGAUGGACUCGGAGGAACCAAUGGAGGUGACUUUAUGCACCGAAGUGGAACCUAAUGAUAAAGGCUUCACUAUAACUGGAGGUGGCGCAGAAGGCAUUACCGUCUCACAAGUCACCAAACAAUCUCAGCAUUCAAAUAUCUUCUGUAUUAAAGAAGGAGAUCAGCUACUAAGUGCGACAAUCUAUUUUGACAACAUCACAUAUGAAGAUGCCAUAAAGAUCCUGCAGCAUUCUGAGGCCUACAGAGUGGAGUUCCAGCUGAAGCGUAAGCUGGGAAAAGAAGACAGAGAAAAAAUGCAGUCUAUUGUACAACUCAAGAAAGAGAAGACAAUACAGGAUAAGGAUGAUUCUACCAUAAUAUCUGAAAAGUCUGAAGAACAAACAGUCCGAAGAAGAGAACAUAAGAAAAAACGUUCAAAAAAAGACAGGCUGUCCUGGCCUAAGUUUCAGUCCCUGGCCAAUACUAGGUUUUUAGGCCAUCGGCGAUCUCGAAGUACAUCAGAGACUAAUGAAGAUGAAACUCUAGACAUUUCUUCAAAAGUGACAGAGACUAACUUGUAUGAUGAUGAAAUAUUUGUCACAGAAAAAGAAAAGCAAAAUCGUCAAGAAUUUUCGGGAAUAAAUACUCACAGUCAGACAGCAACAUUCAACAAUGAGGUGAUUGGAAUGAAAAACAGAAAAGAACCUCAUGAUAGAUCAAAAGAGAAGAGAAGCUUGGAUAGCAGCAUACAUGUUAGUGUAGAACAUCAUGAUGUUCCAAAAACACAGAUGAAAAAAGGCUUGUCACUACACUCCACAAUCUCCUCAUCUAGUAGAGAGACCUCAAGUUUGGAAAGGAAAAACUUACAUCCAGUUGAAGUAAUAAUUGUAAAAGAAAAAAAUCUACCAUCACCCUGCAAGGUGUCACCAAUUCAAAGGAGAAAUGGAAGGGCAUCAAAGGAAAACAUUGCUGCGACUGAAAUACCAAUAACUCCGUUAACCACACAAGAAGAGUUUCUAAGACCUACUGAGACAAGUGAAAUUUCUGAUGAUGUUUCAAGCCCCACCACAGAAGAACCAUCAGAAUUUAAACAGAGGAAAAACAAAAAGAAGAAGAAAAAGAAGGAGAAAUCCACUGAGCUUUUUCAAGCACAGAAACGAACAAUAGAUGGCCCAAUCAGCAUGGAUACACACAAAGAACAUUCCACAGGUACCUAUGAAACCCAGUUCAUCAUAGACAGAAGAGAAAAAGUAAGUACUGACUUUACUCCGUUGCAAAAACCUGACCAUAGAGGUGUUUUGGUUGAUAAAGACUCAGUUGCUUUUGGUGUCAAAGAAUUGCCGGAUGACUCUGACAUUAAACUUCAACUACCCAUUUUCAAAGGGCCCUCAUUUGGUGUCCCACAGCAGGAAGAUUCUGAUCUUACAUUCAUAGAGUCUUCUGUCAAAGAAAAACCCCCAGAUCAACAGUCGGAGGUGUUAGGUUGGAAACUGCAAAUGCCUAUUAUAAAAAUGCCCAAGCUACCUAAACUUUACAGAAAGUCAGUUAGAUCUGAAAGUGAAGAUCAGUUAGAUGCUGCAAAUUUGUACAUGCUUAAAAAAGAUUCUUCGGUAGAUCUUGAUAGUCAUAUAUUGCCACAAACAUAUGUAAAUGAAGAUCAAUAUGUAGACAAAGUUGGAAUUAAGAAACUGAGAGCAAAAAUGUCUGUUCCAACAGUGAAGGGACAUUUUACCGUAGAUGAAUCGAUCCCAUUUUGUGUACAAACGGGUUCAAGCAAAAGUCAGACUAUUAGAACUGAUGCAGAUCAAAAAGUCUUAUUUACCCAUGCAAAUGUAAUAACUGAUGAUAAGGUAAAUAUUCCAUCAGUAAAUAUCCAAAAGAGUGAUUUAGAUACAAGUAAACCUGAAGCAGAUGAUAGUUAUAUAAAAAAUCAGACCCAAGAAAUAGUUCUGACAAGCGAGACAGGAACAUUCGACUCAAAGUCAUUUGAUGUUAAAAUUAGAAAGCCAAUUACUUCUGGAAGUGCUUUUCAAAGAUCUGAAGAAAAUAAAUCGGCCAUAGAUAUUUCUUCAAAGCAGAUUUUUUCUGUAGAAGAAAUCACUGAAGGUCAGGAAAAGGGUGGUACAGGCGUAGCUUUAGAUUAUAAAAUAAAAUCUGUAGAUGCACAAGAUGAACACAAGGAAAGUGCGUUAAAAAUGCCCAGGUUUAAACUUCCUUCUUUUGGUUCACUUACAAAAAGAGCAACCUAUUAUACAGAUGGUAAGAUGGAAGUCAAAGAAGAUCAUGUGGAUAUCAGAGAUGAAGAUAGCAGGAUAAAAAACUUAGAUGACAAAGAUAGUGACUUUAAAGAUUUACCUACUGACAACAUACAAAGUGUAGAAAAUAAAACAAGAAUGAAAUUACCAAAAAUUGGGGUUUCCCUUCCAAAAUUUAAAGGGCAAAGGGGACAAUAUACUGUGUCAACAAAUGUACAGUAUGCAAAUAAUGAGCUAGAAUAUGAAAAAUUUCAAACACUGUCUGAGGAUUUUAAAAGAGAAAGUAAGAUAAAUGUUUUAGACACUAAUAAACAAGACACAUUGAACGAUAUUACUACUAAUAUAACAAAUGUACAAAGAGAAAAAUUUAAGAGUACAUUGCCUUAUUUUCAAAUGCCAAAGCUAGGGCUGGCAAAAUUAGGUGGUGCAGAUCUUGAAGAAACAAUUAACAUAAUUUCAGACACAACAGAAAGUGCAGGGGAUGAGGACAUGUCAGAAAUUUCAACUUUGGAUACUUUACAAAUGGAACAAAUAGGGAACACAGAUUCAAAGAGCUGGAAAAUUCAAAUGCCUUCUAUAAAAAUGCCAAAGUUUGGCACAUCUGAGAAAAUGACAGCAGACGUGUCAACCAGUGAUCGAACUGCAGAUGGAAUUGAUGGCAAAAAAUAUACAGAAGAAGAGAAAUGUAAUGUUCGGUCAAUAACUGAAGUAGAAAUUUCCAGCUCAGAAAAAGCAGCUUCUGGAUCCCAGGAGUUUCCAGAGCCAGACACACAGGAGGUUAACAAAAAGACUGAAUUAACAUCUGAAGACAGUGAUAUAGAAAAGUAUAGUAGCCCAUUCAAACUGCCAUCUGUAAAACUGCCAUCAUUCAGUAUGAGUGGUCUAAGGGGCAGACUAAGCCGUGAAGAAACUGAUAUGGAAAAGUUGCAUCCUGUGCUGGAACAGACUAACAAUGACAUCAGUCUGAAAGACCUAAAAGUAACUAAAAGCAAAAAGAAGAAGAAGAUAGUAAAAACAAAGACAGGGAAGGAAGCUUCUCAGAAAGAAAAUCAGGAAGUUUCUGAGACUAAAAUGAAGGACCGAUCAACUCUUAAAGCAGAGGUAACACCUGAUCUGCAAGAUGUUGGCAACAUAUCAGUUUUAAAAAUAGAUGGUGAUUUAGAAUGUGAGUCAGUCAAAGUGACCAAUAGGGAACUCAUUGAAAAAACAUUGACAAGGACAUCUAUUAGUACAGGUUUACCUGAGACUCCGGAUGGAAACAUUUAUAAUGAUGAUAUAGAUUUGAAGCAGAAAACAAUUGAAGUAAAAACACAUGUUGAGGCAAAGCUUGAUGAGCCAGAGAAUGAGAGAGAGAAUUACAUUGAACAGAAACUUAAAACAGAUAAAAUGAAAAAGUCUAAAAAGAAGUCCAAAAAGGUUUCUCAGUCAAAGAAAUCUGAAAUUAAAAUGGCUAAAAAGUACGAGGAAGCUGACAGUUCUGCAGAAACACAGUCUGAUGAUUUGAGAGCAGGUGACCCACCAGAUAAAGACAGGGGUGUCUCAGAAGCAGAAUACAACUUUUUAGAGGGAUCAAAAAACAAAGGUUACCUUGCCAAAAUCAAAGUGCCUAAACUGGAGCUUCUAGGAACUUCAAGAACAUUUAAACAACCUGUGAAACAUAUUGAAGAUAUACAUGUAGAACAGACAACAAAAGUGACAGAACCUGCCCACGAUCAAAUUCUUGACCCUCAAAAAUUUGAAAAUCUAUUCAUGGAAACUAUUAUUGACUUAACUGGCAGUAAGGAAUAUCAAGGAACCGGGGAUGAAGAUUUUUCAAAUAAAAUAGAAUUUCCAAAUGAUCAGAUGCAGACUAUUAAUUUGAAUAUUACUGAGGGACAAUCUAGUGGAAUUAUUGACCGGGAAAAUCAGAUAAUGUACGCGUCAUCAUUAGAUGCAAGUGGUGACCAAGAAACUUUGCCGGUGGAUUUGACACAUGAUUACACAGAGAAAAAAAAUAAAACUUCCACUAGUUUGAAAUUUCAAUUACCUUCUAUUAAAAUACCUAGUUUUGGGAGAAAGGGGGAUAAAAACAAAAUUGGUGAAACAGUAACAGACAUUUCAAUUGAGGCAAGUAAAGCAAGCACAGCAUUGGAAGAAACAGCUGUUAAAACUGAAGAAUUAAUCCAACAUGGCUCUCUUGAAGUGAUUUCCACAGUGGUAGUGGAGGAGGAAGUAGGAACAUCCAGAAGGGAUAUGCCCACAAAAUUCAAAAUUCCAAUCUUUAGCACCACAGAAGAUACAAAAGAAUAUUCUGUGCAUAAGUCCAGAAAAGCAGCUCCACAAAUUGACACUGAGACAGCUUUUCAGAAAUCCACGAAAGGUAUUUCAAUGGUGAAAACAGAAGAAACAGCAUACAAAGUAGAGAAAGAAGAAACUAAAGAUAAUGUAGACAUGGCAGAUACAAAAACUGAGAUUUCAGUGUCUGAGGGAGAAGUAAAGACUACAGAAACAAAAUCAGACGGUUGGAAGUUUCCAACAUUCAGACUGCCAACAUUUUCAUUAUUUGACUCAGCUGCGAUAAAAGCAGAAGAUGUGUCCAAAGAAAUCUCUACUGAAGCUGAAAGUAAGAUAACUAAGACAGAGAUGAUCACAGAGCCUGCAACGACUAAAACGGGUACAAGUGAAAGAGCCGAAUCAAGAGAAAAGUCAGAAGAACGUUUUUACGUCACCAAAACUAUGGUUGAGAGUGCACUGCUAGAGGGUCAGAAGAAAAGCUUGGAGAAAAUGGAAACUGCUUGGAAAGCUUCACAACUGUCAUUUCAAGAUGACAAUCUUGCUUCCAAAACUAUCUCUAUCACUGCUGAUAUUGACAGGCGUGAGUUAGUAACAGAUGUUCUCACAGUGGAGAAAAUAGAAGAGGCAGAGGCAGAGACUGAGAACUUGGAAUCUGCAGCUGAAAUGCUAUCAACCAAAGCACUCGAAAUUGAAACGGGAGCAGCUGUGGAGAAAGAAUACGCUGAAGAGUCAAAGGCUUUUGAGGAAUCACUAAUAACUGUACUUCCUGAAAUGGAUAAGGAACUGAAAGAUGAAGUGCAUGAUAUUGAAACAAAGAAAAUUGAUAUAGAUAAAGAAAUAUCUAAAGAAGGUGUGAAAGUAAAGGGUAAAGUCAAAAUGCACAAGAAAAAGAUUACAAAGGAUGAGAAAACUACCACAACUACUCAAACACCUGUUAUAGAAGCCAUUUCUCCUAUGCUGGAAAAAGUAAAAACUCCAAAAGAAGAAACAGAACCAGAGGGAUUGAAGCUGCCAAAACUGUCAUUAUUAGGCACAUCUGAGGUAAAAGCAGAAGUUUCAUCUAAAGAAACCUUUCAAGUAUGUGAAAGUAAAAUAACAGACAAAGACGUGGUCAUAGAAUCCACUACAAAUGAAAUAGCUGAAUCAAAAACAAAAUCCGGAGAAUGUGAUUUUAUCACCAGAACUAGCGUAGAGUGCAUAAUGGUAAAUGGCCAAGAGAAAAGACUAGAGGAAGUGCAAAAAGGAGAACGAGACAUUGUAUCGAAAGCUACUUCUGAAAUCAUUGAUAUUGACAUGCAUGAGUUAGUCAAAGACAUUCUUACAGCACAGGAGACAGAAGAAGCAGAGCAUGUGCAUUUGGAAUCUGCAAUUAAAACACCCUCAACUGAAGAAACUAAAUCUGAGACAAUAGAAAUAGGUGCAGAAAGGGAAUACAUUGAAGAGGAAAAGUCUGAAGCUUCCGAUCAGUUGCCAAUACCUCAAGAGACUGACACAGAUAAGAAACUAAAAGUUGAAGUGGAUGAAAUCGUAACAGAGGAUGUUGAUGUUGAUAAAAAAUUUAUUACAGACAGCAUGAAAGAAAAGGGAAAAGCCAAAAAGCACAUAAAAAAGAUUACAAAGGUUGAGAAAACCAUCACAACUGUAAAGACAGCUGCUGUAGAAGCCAUUUCUCCUACACUUGAGCUUCACCAAACCAUCCCUGAAAUUAAGACUGUAGCAGAAGAGGGUGAAGUAAAGGAAGUUUCUCCACAAACUCAAGUCACUGUGUCCGUUUAUGAAGAGCACGUACAGGUCAGCACACCAACAACUGAAACCACCACAGUUGAAGUAUCAGUUAAACCUAAAGAAUGUGUUGAGAAAGCACAGACUGUAGAAGAUGUCUCCAUGGUCCUUACUGAGGUGGCAACUACAGUAGUAGAGGAGGAAGAAAGGUCAUUUGAAUUGAAAUUGGCCACAUUCAAAAUUCCACUCUUUAGUGCCACAGACGUUCCAACAGAAUCUUCCGUGGAUGAGCCCAGAGAAGCAACUUCACAAACUGUUGCUGAGACAACACUUCAGAAAUCCACAGAAGAAAUUUCAACCGUGAAAGCAGAAAUAACAGCAGAGAAAGAGAAAACUAAACAUAAUGUAGACACGGCAGAUACAAUAACAGAGAUUUCAGUGUCUGAAGCAAAAGUGAAAACUCCAGAAGAAGAAACAGAAUCAGAAAGCUGGAAGUUUCCAUCAUUUAGGCUGCCAAAACUGUCAUUAUUUGGCACGUCUGAGAUAAAAGCAGAUGGAUCCUCCAAAGAAAUCUCUCCAGAAGGUGAAAGUAAAAGAACUGAGACAGAGGUGGUCAUAGAAUCUACUUCCACUACAAGUGAAAUAACUGACUCAAUAACAAAAUCUGAAGAAUAUGUUUACAUCCCUGAAACUAGCGUGGAGAGCUUACCGGUAGAGGGAAAAGAGAAAAGCUUACAGGAGGUGCAAACAGAACAAAGUGAGAUUAUUGUUUCGAAAGCUACUUCUGAAAUCGUUGAUAUUGACAUGCAUGAGUUAGUCACAGACAUUCUUACGGCACAGGAGAGAGAAGAAGCAGAGCAUGUCCAUUUGGAAUCUGCAUUUAAAACACCCUCAACUGAAGAAGCUGAAUCCGAGCCAAUGGAAAUAGUUGCAGAAAAAGAAUACAUUGAAGAGGAAAAGUCCGAGGCUUUUGAGCAGUUGCCAAUAUCCCAUGAGAUUGACACAUAUAAGAAACUGAAAGUUGAACUGGAUGAAAUCGUAAAAGAGGAUGUUGAUGUUGAUAAGGAAUCACCUACAGACAGCAUGAAAGUAAAUGGCAAAGUCAAAAAGCAUAGGAAAAAGAUAACAAAGGUUGAGAAAACCAUCACAACUGUAAAGACAGCUGCUGUAGAAGCCAUUUCUCCUACACUUGAGCUUCACCAAACCACCUCUGAAAUUAAGACUGCAGCAGAAGAGGGUGAAAUAAAGGAAGUUUCUCCACAUACUCAAGUCACUGUGUCAUUUUAUGAAGAUCAGGUACAAGUCAGCACACCAACAACAGAAACCACUAUGGCUGAAGUAGCAGUUAAACGUGAAGAAGAUGUUGAGAAAACAGAGACUGUAGAAGAUGUCUCUGUGGUCCUUACGGAGGUGGCAACUACAGUAGUAGAGGAGGGAGAAAGGUCAUUUGGAUUGAAAAUGCCCACAUUCAAAAUUCCACUCUUUAGUGCCACAGAAGUUCAAACAGAAUCUUCUGUGGAUGAGCCCAGAGAAGCAGCUUCAAAAACUGUUGCUGAGACAGCACUUCAGAAAUCCACAGAAGAAAUUUCAACCGUGAAAGCAGAAAUAACAACAUAUGAAGCAGAGAAAGAGAAAACUAAAGAUAACGUGGUCAUGGCAGAUACAAUAACAGAGAUUUCAGUGUCUGAAGAAAAAGUGAAAACUCCAGAAAAAGAAACAGAAUCAGAAAGCUGGAAGUUUCCAUCAUUCAGGUUGCCAAAACUGUCAUUAUUUGGCACGUCUGAGAUAAAAGCAGAUGGAUCCUCCAAAGAAAUCUCUCCAGAAGGUAAAAGUAAAAGAACUGAGACAGAGGUGGUCAUAGAAUCUACAUUCACUACAAGCGAAAUAACUGACUCAAUAACAAAAUCCGAAGAAUGUGUUUACAUCCCUGAAUUUAGCGUGGAGAGCUUACCGGUAGAGGGAAAAGAGAAAAGCCUACAGGAGGUGCAAACAGAACAAAGUGACAUUCUUGUAUCGAAAGCUACUUCUGAAAUCGUUGAUAUUGACAUGCAUGAGUUAGUCACAGACAUUCUUACGGCACAGGAGAGAGAAGAAGCAGAGCAUGUGCAUUUGGAAUCUGCAAUUAAAACACCCUCAACUGAAGAAGCUGAAUCCGAGCCAAUGGAAAUAGUUACAGAAAAGGAAUACAUUGAAGAGGAAAAGUCUGAGGCUUCUGAGCAGUUGCCAAUACCUCCAGAGAUUGACACAUAUAAGAAACUGAAAGUUGAAGUGGAUGAAAUAGUAACAGAGGAUGUUGAUGUUGAUAAGGAAUCACCUACAGACAGAAUAAAAGUAAAGGGCAAAGUCAAAAAGCAAAGGAAAAAGAUUACAAAGGUUGAGAAAACCAUCACAACUGUAAAGACAGCUGCUAUAGAAGACAUUUCUCCUACACUUGAGCUUCACCAAACCACCCCUGAAAUUAAGACUGCAGCAGAAGAGGGUGAAAUAAAGGAAGUUUCUCCACAUACUCAAGUCAGUGUAUCAUUUUAUGAAGAACAAGUACAAGUCAGCACACCAACAACAGAAACCACCAUGGUUGAAGUAGCAGUUAAACCUGAAGAAGAUGUUGAGAAAACAGAGACUGUAGAAGAUGUCUCCAUGGUCCUUACUGAGGUAGCAACUACAGUAGUAGAGGAGGAAGAAAGGUCAUUUGGAUUGAAAAUGCCCACAUUCAAAAUUCCACUCUUUAGUGCCACAGAAGUUCAAACAGAAUCUUCUGUGGAUGAGCCCAGCGAAGCAACUUCACAAACUGUUGCUGAGACAGCACUUCAGAAAUCCACAGAAGAAAUUUCAACCGUGAAAGCAAAAAUAACAACAUAUGAAGCAGAGAAAGAGAAAACUAAAGAUAAUGUGGACACGGCAGAUACAAUAACAGAGAUUUUAGUGUCUGAAGAAAAAGUGAAAACUCUAGAAGAAGAAAUAGAAUCAGAAAGCUGGAAGUUUCCGUCAUUCAGGCUGCCUAAACUGUCAUUAUUUGGCACGUCUGAGAUAAAAGCAGAUGGAUCCUCCAAAGAAAUCUCUCCAGAAGGUAAAAGUAAAAGAACUGAGACAGAGGUGGUCAUAGAAUCUACUUUCACUACAAGUGAAAUAACUGACUCAAUAACAAAAUCCGAAGAAUGUGUUUACAUCCCUGAAACUAGCGUGGAGAGCAUACCGGUAGAGGGAAAAGAGAAAAGCCUACAGGAGGUGCAAACAGAACAAAGUGAAAUAAUUUUUUCAAAAGCUACUUCUGAAAUCGUUGAUAUUGACAUGCAUGAGUUAGUCACAGACAUUCUUACGGCACAGGAGAGAGAAGAAGCAGAGUGUGUGCAUUUGGAAUCUGCAAUUAAAACACCCUCAACUGAAGAAGCUGAAUCUGAGCCAAUGGAAAUUGUUACAGAAAAAGAAUACAUUGAAGAGGAAAAGUCUGAGGCUUCUGAGCAGUUGCCAAUACCCCAAGAGAUUGACAUAGAUAAGAAACUGAAAGUUGAAGUGGAUGAAAUAGUAACAGAGGAUGUUGAUGUUGAUAAGGAAUCACCUACAGACAGAAUAAAAGUAAAGGGCAAAGUCAAAAAGCAAAGGAAAAAGAUUACAAAGGUUGAAAAAAACAUCACAACUGUAAAGACAGCUGCUGUAGAAGCAAUUUCUCCUACACUUGAGCUUCUCCGAACCACCCCUGAAAUUAAGACUGCAGCAGAAGAGGGUGAAAUAAAGGAAGUUUCUCCACAUACUCAAGUCACUGUGUCAUUUUAUGAAGAGCAGGUACAAGUCAGCACACCAACAACAGAAACCACCACGGUUGAAGUAGCAGUUAAACCUGAAGAAGAUGUUGAGAAAACAGAGACUAUAGAAGAUGUCUCCAUGGUCCUUACUGAGGUGGCAACUACAGUAGUAGAGGAGGAAGAAAGGUCAUUUGGACUGAAAAUGCCCACAUUCAAAAUUCCACUCUUUAGUGCCACAGAAGUUCCAACAGAAUCUUCUGUGGAUGAGCCCAGAGAAGCAACUUCACAAACUGUUGUUGAGACAUCACUUCAGAAAAGCACAGAAGAAAUUUCAACCGUGAAAGCAGAAAUAACAACAUAUGAAGCAGAGAAAGAGAAAACUAAAGAUAACGUGGUCAUGGCAGAUACAAUAACAGAGAUUUCAGUGUCAGAAGAAAAAGUGAAAACUCCAGAAGAAGAAACAGAAUUGGAUGGAUGGAAGUUUCCAUCAUUCAGGCUGCCAAUACUGUCAUUAUUUGGCACGUCUGAGAUAAAAGCAGAUGGAUCCUCCAAAGAAAUCUCUCCAGAAGGUGAAAGUAAAAGACCUGAGACAGAGGUGGUCAUAGAAUCUACUUCCACUACAAGAGAAAAAACUGACUCAAUAACAAAAUCUGAAGAAUAUGUUUACAUUCCUGAAACUAGCGUGGAGCGCAUACCGUUAGAGGGAAAAGAGAAAAGCCUACAGGAGGUGCAAACAGAACAAAGUGAGAUUUUUGUUACGAAAGCUACUUCUGAAAUCGUUGAUAUUGACAUGCAUGAGUUAGUCACAGACAUUCUUACGGCACAGGAGAGAGAAGAAGCAGAGCAUGUGCAUUUGGAAUCUGCAAUUAAAACACCCUCAACUGAAGAAGCUGAAUCUGAGCCAAUGGAUAUAGUUGCAGAAAAGAAAUACAUUGAAGAGGAAAAGUCAGAGGCUUCUGAGCAGUUGCCAAUACCCCAAGAGACUGAGACAGAUAAGAAACUGAAAGCUGAAGUGGAUGAAAUCGUAACAGAGGAUGUUGAUGUUGAUAAGGAAUCGCCUACACACAGCAUGAAAGUAAAGGGCAAAGUCAAAAAGCACAGGAAAAAGAUUACAAAGGUUGAGAAAACCAUUACAACUGUAAAGACAGCUGCUGUAGAAACCAUUUCUCCUACACUUGCGCUUCACCAAACCACCCCUGAAAUUAAGACUGUAGCAGACGAGGGUAAAGUAAAGGAAGUUUCUCCACAUACUCAAUUCACUGUGUCAUUUUAUGAAGAACAAGUACAAGUCAGCACACCAACAACUGAAACCACCACGGUUGAAGUAGCAGUUAAACCUGAAGAAAGUGUUGAGAAAACAGAGACUGUAGAAGAUUUCUCCAUGGUCCUUACUGAGGUGGCAACUACAGUAGUAAAGGAGGAAGAAAGGUCAUUUGGAUUGAAAAUGCCCACAUUCAAAAUUCCACUCUUUAGUGCCACAGAAGUUCAAACAGAAUCUUCUGUGGAUGAGCCCAAAGAAGCAACUUCAAAAACUGUUGCUGAGACAGCACUUCAGAAAUCCACAGAAGAAAUUUCAACCGUGAAAGCAGAAAUAACAACAUAUGAAGCAGAAAAAGAGAAAACUAAAGAUAAUGUAGACACGGCACAUAUAAUAACAGAGAUUUCAGUGUCUGAAGAAAAAGUGAAAACUCCAGAAGAAGAAACAGAAUCAGAAAGCUGGAAGUUUCCAUCAUUCAGUCUACCAACACUGUCAUUUUUUGGCAGGUCUGAGAUAAAAGCAGAUGGAUCCUCCAAAGAAAUCUCUCUAGAAGGUGAAAGUAAAAGAACUGAGACAGAGGUGGUCAUAGAAUCUACUUCCACUACAAGUGAAAUAACUGACUCAAUAACAAAAUCCGAAGAAUGUGUUUACAUCGCUGAAACUAACGUGGAGCGCAUACCGGUGGAGGGAAAAGAGAAAAGCCUACAGGAGGUGCAAACAGAACAAAGUGACGUUCUUGUAACGAAAGCUACUUCUGAAAUUGUUGAUAUUGACAUGCAUGAGUUAAUCACAGACAUUCUUACGGCACAGGAGAGAGAAGAAGCAGAGCAUGUGCAUUUGGAAUCUGCAAUUAAAACACCCUCAACUGAAGAAGCUGAAUCCGAGCCAAUGGAAAUAGUUACAGAAAAAGAAUACAUUGAAGAGGAAAAGUCCGAGGCUUCUGAGCAGUUGCCAAUACCCCAAGAGAUUGACACAGAUAAGAAACUGAAAGUUGAAGUGGAUGAAAUAGUAACAGAGGAUGUUGAUGUUGAUAAUGAAUCACUUACAGACAAAAUACAAGUAAAGGGCAAAGUCAAAAAGCAAAGGAAAAAGAUUACAAAGGUUGAGAAAACCAUCACAACUGUAAAGACAGCUGCUAUAGAAGCCAUUUCUCCUUCACUUGAGCUUCACCAAUCCACCCCUGAAAUUAAGACUGCAGCAGAAGAGGGUGAAAUAAAGGAAGUUUCUCCACAUACUCAAGUCACUGUGUCAUUUUAUGAAGAACAAGUACAAGUCAGCACACCAACAACAGAAACCACCACGGUUGAAGUAGCAGUUAAACGUGAAGAAGAUGUUGAGAAAACAGGGACUGUAGAAGAUGUCUCGAUGGUCCUUACUGAGGUGGCAACUACAUUAGUAGAGGAGGAAGAAAGGUCAUUUGGAUUGAAAAUGCCCACAUUCAAAAUUCCACUCUUUAGUGCCACAGAAGUUCCAACAGAAUCUUCUGUGGAUGAGCCCAGAGAAGCAACUUCACAAACUGUUGCUGAGACAGCACUUCAGAAAUCCACAGAAGAAAUUUCAACUGUGAAAGCAGAAAUAACAACAUACGAAGCAGAGAAAGAGAAAACUAAAGAUAACGUGGUCAUGGCAGAUACAAUAACAGAGAUUUCAGUGUCUGAAGAAAAAGUGAAAACUCUAGAAGAAGAAACAGAUUCAGAAAGCUGGAAAUUUCCAUCAUUCAGGGUGCCAAAACUAUCACUAUUUGGCACGUCUGAGAUAAAAGCAGAUGGAUCCUCAAAAGGAAUCUCUCCAGAAGGUGAAAGUAAAAGAACUGAGACAGAGGUGGUCAUAGAAUCUACUUCCACUACAAGUGAAAUAACUGACUCAAUAACAAAAUCUGAAGAAUUUGUUUACAUCCCUGAAACUAGCGUGGAGAGCAUACUGGUAGAGGGAAAAGAGAAAAGCCUACAGGAGGUGCAAACAGAACAAAGUGAUAUUAUUGUAUCGAAAACUACCUCUGAAAUCGUUGAUAUUGACAUGCAUGAGUUAGUCACAAACAUUCUUACGGCACAGGAGAGAGAAGAAGCAGAGCAUGUGCAUUUGGAAUCUGCAAUUAAAACACCCACAACUGAAGAAGCUGAAUCUGAGCCAAUGGAUAUAGUUGCAGAAAAGAAAUACAUUGAAGAGGAAAAGUCAGAGGCUUCUGAGCAGUUGCCAAUACCCCAAGAGACUGAGACAGAUAAGAAACUGAAAGCUGAAGUGGAUGAAAUCGUAACAGAGGAUGUUGAUGUUGAUAAUGAAUCACUUACAGACAAAAUACAAGUAAAGGGCAAAGUCAAAAAGCAAAGGAAAAAGAUUACAAAGGUUGAGAAAACCAUCACAACUGUAAAGACAGCUGCUAUAGAAGCCCUUUCUCCUUCACUUGAGCUUCACCAAUCCACCCCUGAAAUUAAGACUGCAGCAGAAGAGGGUGAAAUAAAGGAAGUUUCUCCACAUACUCAAGUCACUGUGUCAUUUUAUGAAGAACAAGUACAAGUCAGCACACCAACAACAGAAACCACCACGGUUGAAGUAGCAGUUAAACGUGAAGAAGAUGUUGAGAAAACAGAGACUGUAGAAGAUGUCUCCAUGGUUCUUACUGAGGUGGCAACUACAGUAGUAGAGGAGGAAGAAAGGUCAUUUGGAUUGAAAAUGCCCACAUUCAAAAUUCCACUCUUUAGUGCCACAGAAGUUCCAACAGAAUCUUCUGUGGAUGAGCCCAGAGAAGCAACUUCACAAACUGUUGCUGAGACAGCACUUCAGAAAUCCACCGAAGAAAUUUCAACCGUGAAAGCAGAAAUAACAACAUAUGAAGCAGAGAAAGAGAAAACUAAAGAUAACGUGGUCAUGGCAGAUACAAUAACAGAGAUUUCAGUGUCUGAAGAAAAAGUGAAAACUCCAGGAGAAGAAACAGAAUCAGAAAGCUGGAAGUUUCCAUCAUUCAGGUUGCCAAAACUGUCAUUAUUUGGCACGUCUGAGAUAAAAGCAGAUGGAUCCUCCAAAGAAAUCUCUCCAGAAGGUGAAAGUAAAAGAACUGAGACAGAGGUGGUCAUAGAAUCUACUUCCACUACAAGUGAAAAAACCGACUCAAUAACAAAAUCUGAAGAACGUGUUUACAUCACUGAAACUAGCGUGGAGAGAAUAACGGUAGAGGGAAAAGAGAAAAGCCUACAGGAGGUGCAAACAGAACAAAGUGAGAUUAUUGUUUCGAAAGCUACUUCUGAAAUCGUUGAUAUUGACAUGCAUGAGUUAGUCACAGACAUUCUUACGGCACAGGAGAGAGAAGAAGCAGAGCAUGUGCAUUUGGAAUCUGCAAUUAAAACACCCUCAACUGAAGAAGCUGAAUCUGAGCCAAUGGAUAUAGUUGCAGAAAAGAAAUACAUUGAAGAGGAAAAGUCAGAGGCUUCUGAGCAGUUGCCAAUACCCCAAGAGACUGAGACAGAUAAGAAACUGAAAGCUGAAGUGGAUGAAAUCGUAACAGAGGAUGUUGAUGUUGAUAAGGAAUCGCCUACACACAGCAUGAAAGUAAAGGGCAAAGUCAAAAAGCACAGGAAAAAGAUUACAAAGGUUGAGAAAACCAUCACAACUGUAAAGACAGCUGCUGUAGAAACCAUUUCUCCUACACUUGCGCUUCACCAAACCACCCCUGAAAUUAAGACUGUAGCAGACGAGGGUAAAGUAAAGGAAGUUUCUCCACAAACUCAAUUCACUGUGUCAUUUUAUGAAGAACAAGUACAAGUCAGCACACCAACAACUGAAACCACCACGGUUGAAGUAGCAGUUAAACCUGAAGAAAGUGUUGAGAAAACAGAGACUGUAGAAGAUUUCUCCAUGGUCCUUACUGAGGUGGCAACUACAGUAGUAAAGGAGGAAGAAAGGUCAUUUGGAUUGAAAAUGCCCACAUUCAAAAUUCCACUCUUUAGUGCCACAGAAGUUCAAACAGAAUCUUCUGUGGAUGAGCCCAAAGAAGCAACUUCAAAAACUGUUGCUGAGACAGCACUUCAGAAAUCCACAGAAGAAAUUUCAACGGUGAAAGCAGAAAUAACAACAUAUGAAGCAGAAAAAGAGAAAACUAAAGAUAAUGUAGACACGGCACAUAUAAUAACAGAGAUUUCAGUGUCUGAAGAAAAAGUGAAAACUCCAGAAGAAGAAACAGAAUCAGAAAGCUGGAAGUUUCCAUCAUUCAGUCUACCAACACUGUCAUUUUUUGGCAGGUCUGAGAUAAAAGCAGAUGGAUCCUCCAAAGAAAUCUCUCUAGAAGGUGAAAGUAAAAGAACUGAGACAGAGGUGGUCAUAGAAUCUACUUCCACUACAAGUGAAAUAACUGACUCAAUAACAAAAUCUGAAGAAUGUGUUUACAUCGCUGAAACUAACGUGGAGCCCAUACCGGUGGAGGGAAAAGAGAAAAGCCUACAGGAGGUGCAAACAGAACAAAGUGACGUUCUUGUAACGAAAGCUACUUCUGAAAUUGUUGAUAUUGACAUGCAUGAGUUAAUCACAGACAUUCUUACGGCACAGGAGAGAGAAGAAGCAGAGCAGGUGCAUUUGGAAUCUGCAAUUAAAACACCCUCAACUGAAGAAGCUGAAUCCGAGCCAAUGGAAAUAGUUACAGAAAAAGAAUACAUUGAAGAGGAAAAGUCCGAGGCUUCUGAGCAGUUGCCAAAACCCCAAGAGAUUGACACAGAUAAGAAACUGAAAGUUGAAGUGGAUGAAAUCAUAACAGAGGAGGUUGAUGUUGAUAAGGAAUCACCUACAGACAGAAUAAAAGUAAAGGGCAAAGUCAAAAAGCAAAGGAAAAAGAUUACAAAGGUUGAAAAAAACAUCACAACUGUAAAGACAGCUGCUGUAGAAGCCAUUUCUCCUACACUUGAGCUUCACCAAACCACCCCUGAAAUUAAGACUGCAGCAGAAGAGAGUGAAAUAAAGGAAGUUUCUCCACAUACUCAAGUCACUGUGUCAUUUUAUGAAGAACAAGUACAUAUCAGCACACCAACAACAGAAACCACCACGGUUGAAGUAGCAGUUAAACGUGAAGAAGAUGUUGAGAAAACAGGGACUGUAGAAGAUGUCUCGAUGGUCCUUACUGAGGUGGCAACUACAUUAGUAGAGGAGGAAGAAAGGUCAUUUGGAUUGAAAAUGCCCACAUUCAAAAUUCCACUCUUUAGUGCCACAGAAGUUCCAACAGAAUCUUCUGUGGAUGAGCCCAGAGAAGCAACUUCACAAACUGUUGCUGAGACAGCACUUCAGAAAUCCACAGAAGAAAUUUCAACUGUGAAAGCAGAAAUAACAACAUACGAAGCAGAGAAAGAGAAAACUAAAGAUAACGUGGUCAUGGCAGAUACAAUAACAGAGAUUUCAGUGUCUGAAGAAAAAGUGAAAACUCUAGAAGAAGAAACAGAUUCAGAAAGCUGGAAAUUUCCAUCAUUCAGGGUGCCAAAACUAUCACUAUUUGGCACGUCUGAGAUAAAAGCAGAUGGAUCCUCAAAAGGAAUCUCUCCAGAAGGUGAAAGUAAAAGAACUGAGACAGAGGUGGUCAUAGAAUCUACUUCCACUACAAGUGAAAUAACUGACUCAAUAACAAAAUCUGAAGAAUUUGUUUACAUCCCUGAAACUAGCGUGGAGAGCAUACUGGUAGAGGGAAAAGAGAAAAGCCUACAGGAGGUGCAAACAGAACAAAGUGAUAUUAUUGUAUCGAAAACUACCUCUGAAAUCGUUGAUAUUGACAUGCAUGAGUUAGUCACAAACAUUCUUACGGCACAGGAGAGAGAAGAAGCAGAGGAUGUGCAUUUGGAAUCUGCAAUUAAAACACCCACAACUGAAGAAGCUGAAUCUGAGCCAAUGGAUAUAGUUGCAGAAAAGAAAUACAUUGAAGAGGAAAAGUCAGAGGCUUCUGAGCAGUUGCCAAUACCCCAAGAGACUGAGACAGAUAAGAAACUGAAAGCUGAAGUGGAUGAAAUCGUAACAGAGGAUGUUGAUGUUGAUAAGGAAUCGCCUACAGACAGCAUGAAGGUAAUGGGCAAAGCAAAAAAGCACAGGAAGAAGAUUACAAAGGUUGAGAAAACCAUCACAACUGUAAAGACAGCUGCUGUAGAAGCCAUUUCUCCUACACUUGCGCUUCACCAAACCACCCCUGAAAUUACGACUGUAGCAGAGGAGGGUAACGUAAAGGAAGUUUCUCCACAAACUCAAUUGACUAUGUCAGUUUAUGAAGACCAGGUGCAAGUCAGCACACCAACAACUGAAUCCACCACGAUUGAAGUAGCAGUUAAACCUGAAGAAGCUGUUGAGAAAACAGAAACUGUAGAAGAUGUCUCCAUGGUCCUUACUGAGGUGGCAACUACAGUAGUAGAGGAGGAAGAAAGGGCAUUUGGAUUAAAAUUGACAACAUUCAAAAUCCCACUCUUUAGUGCCACAGAUGUUCCAGCAGAAUCUUCUGUGGAUGAGCCCAGAGAAGCAACUUCACAAACUGUUUCUGAGACAGCACUUCAGAAAUUCACAGAAGAAAUUUCAACUGUGAAAGCAGAAAUAACAAAAUACAAAGCAAAGAAAGAGAAAACUAAAGAUAAUGUAGACAUGACAGAUACAAUAACAGAGAUUUCAGUGUCUGAAGAAAAAGUGAAAACUCCAGAAGAAGAAACAGAAUUGGAUGGAUGGCAGCUUCCAUCAUUCAGGCUGCCAAAACUGUCAUUUUUUGGCACGUCUGAGAUAAAAGCAGAUGAAUUCUCCAAAGAAAUCUAUCCAGAAGGUGAAAGUAAAACAACAGAGACAGAGGUGGUCAUAGAAUCUACUUCAACUACAAGGGAAAUAACUGACUCAAUAACAAAAUCUGAAGAAUUUGUUUACAUCCCUGAAACUAGCUUGGAGAGCCUAUUGGUAGAGUGCCAAGAGAAAAGCCUAGAGGAAUGGCAAACAGAACAAAGUGACAUUAUUGUUUCAAAAGCUAUCUCUGAAAUUGUUAAUACUGACAGGCAUGAGUUGGUCACAGACAUUCUUACCGCACAGGAGAGAGAAGACGCCGAGCAUGUGCAUUUGGAGUCUUCAAUUGAAACACCCUCAACUGAAAUAGCCAAAUCUGAGACAAUGGACGUAGUUGUGGAGAAGGAAUACAUUGAAGAGGAAAAGCCUGAGGCUUCUGAGCAGUUGCCAAUACCCCAAGAGACUGACACAAAUAAGAAACUGAAAGUUGAAGUGGAUGAAAUCGUAACAGAGGAGGUUGAUGUUGAUAAGGAAUCACCUACAGACAGCAUGAAAGUAAAGGGCAAAGUAAAAAAGCACAGGAAAAAGAUUACAAAGGUUGAGAAAACCAUCACAACUGUAAAGACAGCUGCUGUAGAAGCCAUUUCUCCUACACUUGACCUUCACCGAACCACCUCUGAAAUUACGAGUGUAGCAGAAGAGGGUGAAGUAAUGGAAGUUUCUCCACAAACUCAAUUCACUUUGUCAGUUUAUGAAGAGCAGGUACAAGUCAGCACACCAACAACUGAAUCUACCACGAUUGAAGUAGCAGUUAAACCUGAAGAAGAUGUUGAGAAAACAGAGACUGUAGAAGAUGUCUCUAUGGUCCUUACUGAGGUGGCAACUACAGUAGUAGCGGAGGAAGAAAGGUCAUUUGGAUUGAAAAUGCCCACAUUCAAAAUUCCACUCUUUAGUGCCACAGAAGUUCAAACAGAAUCUUCUGUGGAUGAGCCCAGAGAAGCAAGUUCAAAAACUGUUGCUGAGACAGCACUUCAGAAAUCCACAGAAGAAAUUUCAACCGUGAAAGCAGAAAUAACAACAUAUGAAGCAGAGAAAGAGAAAACUAAAGAUAAUGUAGACACGGCACAUAUAAUAACAGAGAUUUCAGUGUCUGAAGAAAAAGUGAAAACUCCAGAAGAAGAAACAGAAUCAGAAAGCUGGAAGUUUCCAUCAUUCAGGCUGCCAAAACUGUCAUUUUUUGGCACGUCUGAGAUAAAAGCAGAUGGAUUCUCCAAAGAAAUCUCUCCAGAAGGUGAAAGUAAAAGAACAGAGACAGAGGUGGUCAUAGUAUCUGCUUCCACUACAAGUGAAAUAACUGACUCAAUAACAAAAUCUGAAGAAUUUGUUUACAUCCCUGAAACUAGCUUGGAGAGCAUAUUGGUAGAUGGCCAAGAGAAAAGCCUAGAGGAAUGGCAAACAGAACAAAGUGACAUUAUUGUUUCAAAAGCUAUCUCUGAAAUUGUUAAUACUGACAGGCAUGAGUUGGUCACAGACAUUCUUACCGCACAGGAGAGAGAAGACGCCGAGCAUGUGCAUUUGGAAUCUUCAAUUGAAACACCCUUAACUGAAAUAGCCAAAUCUGAGACAAUGGAAGUAGUUGUGGAGAAGGAAUACAUUGAAGAGGAAAAGCCUGAGGCUUCUGAGCAGUUGCCAAUACCCCAAGAGACUGACACAAAUAAGAAACUGAAAGUUGAAGUGGAUGAAAUCGUAACAGAGGAGGUUGAUGUUGAUAAGGAAUCACCUACAGACAGCAUGAAAGUAAAGGGCAAAGUCAAAAAGCACAGGAAAAAGAUUACAAAGGUUGAGAAAACCAUCACAACUGUAAAGACAGCUGCUGUAGAAGCCAUUUCUCCUACACUUGAGCUUCACCGAACCACCUCUGAAAUUACGACUGUAGCAGAAGAGGGUGAAGUAAAGGAAGUUUCUCCACAAACUCAAUUCACUUUGUCAGUUUAUGAAGAGCAGGUACAAGUCAGCACACCAACAACUGAAUCUACCACGAUCGAAGUAGCAGUUAAACCUGAAGAAGAUGUUGAGAAAACAGAGACUAUAGAAGAUGUCUCCAUGGUCCUUACUGAGGUGGCAACUACAGUAGUAGAGGAGGAAGAAAGGUCAUUUGGACUGAAAAUGCCCACAUUCAAAAUUCCACUCUUUAGUGCUACAGAAGUUCCAACAGAAUCUUCUGUGGAUGAGCCCAGAGAAGCAACUUCAAAAACUGUUGCUGAGACAGCACUUCAGAAAUCCACAGAAGAAAUUUCAACCGUGAAAGCAGAAAUAACAACAUAUGAAGCAGAGAAAGAGAAAACUAAAGAUAAGGUACACACGGCAGAUACAAUAACAGAGAUUUCAGUGUCUGAAGAAAAAGUGAAAACUCUAGAAGAAGAAACAGAAUCAGAAAGCUGGAAGUUUCCAUCAUUCAGGCUGCCAAAACUGCCAUUAUUUGGCACGUCUGAGAUAAAAGCAGAUGGAUCCUCCAAAAAAAUCUCUCCAGAUAGUGAAUGUAAAAGAACUGAGACAGAGGUGGUCAUAGAAUCUACUUCCACUACAAGUGAAAUAACUGACUCAAUAACAAAAUCCGAAGAAUGUUUUUCCAUCACUGAAACUAGUGUGGAGCGCAUACCGGUGGAGGGAAAAGAGAAAAGCCUACAGGAGGUGCAAACAGAACAAAGUGACAUUCUUGUAUCGAAAGCUACUCCUGAAAUUCUUGAUAUUGACAUGCAUGAGUUAGUCACAGACAUUCUUACGGCACAGAAGAGAGAAGAAGCAGAGCAUGUGCAUUUGGAAUCUGCAAUUAAAACACCCUCCACUGAAGAAGCUGAAUCCAAGCCAAUGGAAAUAGUUACAGAAAAAGAAUACAUUGAAGAGGAAAAGUCCGAGGCUUCUGAGCAGUUGUCAAUACCCCAAGAGAUUGACACAGAUAAGAAACUGAAAGUUGAAGUGGAUGAAAUAGUAACAGAGGAUGUUGAUGUUGAUAAGGAAUCACCUACAGACAGAAUAAAAGUAAAGGGCAAAGUCAAAAAGCAAAGGAAAAAGAUUACAAAGUUUGAGAAAACCAUCACAACUGUAAAGACAGCUGCUGUAGAAGCCAUUUCUCCUACACUUGAGCUUCACCAAACCACCCCUGAAAUUAAGACUGCAGCAGAAGAGGGUGAAAUAAAGGAAGUUUCUCCACAUACUCAAGUCACUGUGUCAUUUUAUGAAGAACAAGUACAAGUCAGCACACCAACAACAGAAUCCACCACGGUUGAAGUAGCAGUUAAACGUAAAGAAGAAGUUGAGAAAACAGAGACUGUAGAAGAUGUCUUCAUGGUUCUUACUGAGGUGGCAACUACAGUAGUAGAGGAGGAAGAAAGGUCAUUUGGAUUGAAAAUGCCCACAUUCAAAAUUCCACUCUUUAGUGCCACAGAAGUUCCAACAGAAUCUUCCAUGGAUGAGCCCAGAGAAGCAACUUCACAAACUGUUGCUGAGACAGCACUUCAGAAAUCCACAGAAGAAAUUUCAACCGUGAAAGCAGAAAUAACAACAUAUGAAGCAGAGAAAGAGAAAACUAAAGAUAACGUGGUCAUGGCAGAUACAAUAACAGAGAUUUCAGUGUCUGAAGAAAAAGUGAAAACUCCAGAAGAAGAAACAGAAUCAGAAAGCUGGAAGUUUCCAUCAUUCAGUCUACCAACACUGUCAUUUUUUGGCAGGUCUGAGAUAAAAGCAGAUGGAUCCUCCAAAGAAAUCUCUCCAGAAGGAGAAAGUAAAAGAACUGAGACAGAGGUGGUCAUAGAAUCUACUUCCACUACAAGUGAAAUAACAGACUCAAUAACAAAAUCUACGAAAGCUACUACUGAAAUCGUUGAUAUUGACAUGCAUGAGUUAGUCACAGACUUUCUUACGGCACAGGAGAGAGAAGAAGCAGAGCAUGUGCAUUUGGAAUCUGCAAUUAAAACUCCCUCAACUGAAGAAGCUGAAUCUGAGCCAAUGGAAAUAGUUGCAGAAAAGGAAUACAUUGAAGAGCAAAAGUCAGAGGUUUCUGAACAGUUGCCAAUUCCCCAAGAGACUGAGACAGAUAAGAAACUGAAGGUUGAAGUGGAUGAAAUAGUAACAGAAGAUAUUGAUGUUGAAAAGGAAUCACCUACAGACAGCAUGAACGUAAAGGGCAAAGUCAAAAAGCAAAGGAAAAAGAUUACAAAGGUUGAGAAAACCAUCACAACUGUAAAGACAGCUGCUGUAGAAGCCAUUUCUCCUACACUUGAGCUUCACCGAACCACCCCUGAAAUUAAGACUGCAGCAGAAGAGGGUGAAGUAAAAGAAGUUUCUCCACAGACUCAAAUCACUGUGACCAUUUAUGAAGAGCGGGUACAAGUCAGCACACCAACAACAGAAACCACCACGGUUGAAGUAGCAGUUAAACCUGAAGAAGGUGUUGACAAAACAAAAACUUUAGAAGAUGUCUCCAUGGUCAUUUCCGAAGUGGCAACUACAAUAGUAGAGGAUGAAGAAAGAUCAUUUGGGUGGAAAUUGCCCACAUUCAAAAUUCCCCUCUUUAGUGCUACAGAAGUUCCAACAGAAUCUUCUGUGGAUGAGCCCAGAGAAGCAACUUCAAAAACUGUUGCUGAGACAGCACUUCAGAAAAGCACAGAAAAAAUUUCAACUGUGAAAGCAGAAAUAACAACAUACGAAGCAGAGAAAGAGAAAACUAAAGAUAACGUGGUCAUGGCAGAUACAAUAACAGAGAUUUCAGUGUCUGAAGAAAAAGUGAAAACUCCAGAAGAAGAAACAAAAUCAGAAAGCUGGAAGUUUCCAUCAUUCAGGGUGCCAAAACUGUCACUAUUUGGCACGUCUGAGAUAAAAGCAGAUAGAUUCUCAAAAGAAAUCUCUCCAGAAGGUGAAAGUAAAAGAACUGAGACAGAGGUGGUCAUAGAAUCUUCUUCCACUACAAGUGAAAUAACUGACUCAAUAACAAAAUCUGAAGAAUUUGUUUACAUCCCUGAAACUAGCGUGGAGAGCAUACCGGUAGAGGGAAAAGAGAAUAGCCUACAGGAGGUGCAAACAGAACAAAGUGAUAUUAUUGUAUCGAAAACUACCUCUGAAAACGUUGAUAUUGACAUGCAUGAGUUAGUCACAGACAUUCUUACGGCACAGGAGAGAGAAGAAGCAGAGCAUGUGCAUUUGGAAUCUGCAAUUAAAACACCCUCAACUGAAGAAGCUGAAUCUGAGCCAAUGGAUAUAGUUGCAGAAAAGAAAUACAUUGAAGAGGAAAAGUCAGAGGCUUCUGAGCAGUUGCCAAUACCCCAAGAGACUGAGACAGAUAAGAAACUGAAGGUUGAAGUGGAUGAAAUCAUAAUAGAGGAUGUUGAUGUUGAUAAGGAAUCGCCUACAGACAGCAUUAAAGUAAAGGGCAAAGCAAAAAAGCAAAGGAAAAAGAUUACAAAGGUUGAGAAAACCAUCACAACUGUAAAGACAGAUGCUGUAGAAGCCAUUUCUCCUACACUUGCGCUUCACCAAACCACCCCUGAAAUUACGACUGUAGCAGAGGAGGGUGAAGUAAAAGAAGUUUCUCCACAAACUCAAUUCACUGUGUCAUUUUAUGAAGAACAAGUACAAGUCAGCACACCAACAACUGAAACCAGCAUGGUUGAAGUAGCAGUUAAACCUGAAGAAAGUGUUGAGAAAACAGAGACUGUAGAAGAUGUCUCCAUGGUCCUUGCUGAGGUGGCAACUACAGUAGUAGAGGAGGAAGAAAGGGCAUUUGGAUUGAAAAUGCCCACAUUCAAAAUUCCACUCUUUAGUGCCACAGAUGUUCCAACAGAAUCUUCUGUGGAUGAGCCCAGAGAAGCAGCUCCACAAACAGUUGCUGAGAAAUCACUUCGGAAAUCUAUAGAAAAAAUGUCAACAGUGAAAGCAGAAAUAUCAGCAUAUGAAGCACAGAAAAAAGAACUCAAAGAUAUUGUAGACACAGCGAGUAUAAUAACAGAGAUUUCAGUGUCUGAAGAAAAAGUGAAAUCUCCAGAAGAAGAAAAAGAAUCAGAAGGUUGGAGGCUUCCAUUAUUUAGUCUUCCAAAACUGUCAUUAUUUGGCACAUCUGAGGUAUUAGCAGAAGUUUCUUCUAAAGAAAUCUCUCAAGAAGGUGAAAGUAAAAUAAUUGAGACACAAGUGGUCAUAAAAUCUGCAUCCCCUACAAAUGAAAUAGAUGAGUCAAUAACAAAGUCAGAAGAGUUUGUUUUCAUCACUGAAACUAGAGUGGAGAGCAUACAGGUAGAGGGCCAAGGGAGAAGCUUACAGGAAGGGCAAACAGAACAAAGUGACAUUAUUGUUUCGAAAGUUAUGUCUGAAAUUGUUGAUAUUGACAGGCAUGAGUUAGUCACAGAGGUUGUUACAGCACAGGACAGAGAAGAAACAGAGCAUGUGCAUUUGGAAUCUGUAAUUGAAACAUCCUCAACUGAAGCAGCCAAAUCUGAGACAAUGGAAGUAGUUGUGGAGAAAGAAUAUACUGAAAAGGGAAAGUGUGUCGCUUCUGAGCAGUUGUCAAUAACUCAAGAAACUGACACAGAUAAGAAACUGAGAGUUGAGGUGGAUGAAAUAGUAACAGAGAAUGUUGAUAGGGAAUCACCUACAAAAGGCAUGAAAGUAAAGGACAAAGUAAAAAAACACGAGAAAAAGGUUACAAAGGUUGAGAAACCCAUCACAACUGUUCAGACGGCUGGUGUAGAAGCCAUCUUUCCUACUCUUGAGCUUCACUUGACCACCCCUGAAAUUAAGACUGUAGUGGAAGAGGGUGAAGUAAAGGAUGUUUCUCCACAACCUCAAGUCACUAUGUCAGUUUAUGAAGAACAAGUCAGAACACCAACAACUGAAACCACCACGAUUGAAGUAGCAGUUAAAGCUGAAGAAGGUGUCGAGAAAGCAGAGACUGUAGAAGAUGUCUCCAUGGUCCUUACUGAGGUGGCAACUACAGUAGUAGAGGAGGAAGAAAGGUCAUUCGGAUGGAAAUUGCCCACAUUCAAAAUUCCACUUUUUAGUGCCACAGACUUUCCAAUAGAAUCUUCUGUGGAUGAGCCCAGAGAAGCAACUUCACAAACUGUUGCUGAGACAGCACUUCAGAAAUCCACAGAAGAAAUUUCAACAGUGAAAGCAGAAAUAACAAAAGAUGACGUAGACAAAGAGGAAACAAAAGAUAAUGUAGACACAGUAGACACAAUAGCAGAGAUUUUGGUGUUUGAUGGAAAAGAGAAAACUCCAGAAGCAGAAACAGAAUCAGAGGGUUGGAAGCUUCCAUCAUUCAAGCUCCCAAAACUGUCAUUAUUUGGCACAUCUGAGGUGAAAGCAGAAGGUUCAUCCAAAGAAAUCUCUCCAGAGGGUGAAAGUAAAAUAACUGAGACAGAGGUGGUCAUAGAAUUCACUUCCACUACAAGUGAAAUAGCUGAGUCAAUAAGAAAACUUAAAGAAGGUGUUUUCCUCGCUGAAACUAGCAUGGAGAGCAUUUUGACAGAGGGCAAAGAGAAAAACUUAGAGGAAGUGCAAUCAGAACAAAGUGACAUUAUUGUUUCAAAAGCUACCUCUGAAAUCAUUGCUAUUGAUGGGCACGAGUUAGUCACAUGUGCUCUUACAGCACAAAGGAAAGAAGAAGAAGCUGAGCCUGUGGAUUUGGAAUCUGCAAUUGAAACACCCUCAACUGAAGCAACUAUAUCUGAGACAAUGGAAGUAGUUAUGCAGAAAGAAUGCACUGAAGAGGAGAAUUCUGAGGCUUCUGAGCAGUCGCCAAUACCUCAAGAGACUGACACAGAUAGGGAACUGAAAGUUGAGGUGGAUAAAAUUGUAACAGAGGAUGUUGAUGUAGAUACAGAAUCACCUACAGAAGGCGUGAAAGUUAAGGGCAAAGUCAAAAAGCACAGGAAAAAGAUUACACAGGUUAAGAAAUCUAUGACAACUGCAAUGACUUCUGGUGUAGAAGGCAUUUCUCCCACGCUGGAGGUUGAUGUAGCGGUUAAAGCUGAAGAAGAUGUAAAAAAAGCAGAGGCUGUAGAAGAAGUUUUGUCACUUCUUACCGAAGAGACAUUUAUACUGCCUGGGGAGGAGGAAGUGUCAUUUGGAUGGAAGAUGCCGACAUUCAAAAUUCCACUCUUUAGUGCCACAAAGUUAGGCAGAGACAUUCUUACAGCAGAGGAGAAGGAAGAGGUGGAGCCUAUGCAUUUGGACUCUGCAUAUGAUUCACCCUCAAUUGAAGGAACCAAAUCUGAGAACAUGGGAGUAGUUAUGAAGAAAGGAAAAACUGAAGAAAAAAUAUCAGAGGCUUCCGAACGGUCGCAAAUUCCCAAAGUGCCUGACACAGAUAAUGAACUUAAAGUUGAGAAUGAAAUCGUAACAAAGGUGGUUGAUGCAGAUAAAGAAUUAAGUACAGAAGGUGUGAAAGUAAAGGGUAAAGUAGGAAUAUGCGAGAAGAAGAUUACAAGGGUUGAGAAAACCAUCACAACUGCUCAGACCAAUGGUGUCGAAUACAUUUCUCCUACACUAGAGCUCCAUUUAACCACACCUGAAAUUAAGACUGUAGUGGAAGAUGAUAAAGUAAAGGUAGUUUCUCCACAUGCCCAAAUCACAGUGACCAUUUAUGAAGAGCAAGUAAAAGUCAGCACACCAGAAAGUGGAACCAUCACGACAGAUGAAGCAGGUGAAACCGAAACAAGUGGCAAAAAAGCAGAGACUGUAGAAGAGGUCUCGUCAGUCCUUACCAAAGUGACAUUUAUAAUGCCUGAGGAGGAGGAAAUAUCUUUUGGAUGGACGUUGCCAACAUUCAAAAUGCCACUGUUUAGUGCCACAGAAGUUACAACAGAAUCUUCUGUGGAUGAGUCCAGAGAAGCAGCUCCACAAACUGUUGCUGAGACAGCACUUCAGAAAUCCACAGAAGAAAUUUCAAUGGUAAAAACACAAAUAACAGCAUACAAAGCAGAUAAAGCAAAACACAAAGAUACGAUAGACAUGACAGAUACAACAUCAGAGAUUUCAGUGUCUGAGGGAGAACUUUCAUUAUUCGGCACAUCUAAUGCAAAAGCGGAAGGUUCAUCCGAGGAAAAUUCUCCUGAUGCUGAAAGUAAAAUAACAAUUGAGAAAGAGGCGGUCAUAGAAGCUACAUCAAGUAAAUCUGAUACAAGUGAAAUAGUGGAGUUAAUAACAAAGUCAGAAGAAUGUGUUUACAUCACUGAAACUAGCGUGGAGAGCAUGCCGGUAGUGGGCCAAGAGAAGAGACAAGAGGAAGUGGAAAGCGCUUACAAAGAUUUGCAACUACCAUUCCAGGUUCCAGUGCUAAGUAAAGCAAAAGAAAGUGACAGUAUUGUUCCCAAAACUAUCUCUGUCACAGCUGACAUUGACAGGUGUGAGUUAGUCACAGACAUUCUUAAAGCAGAGGACAGAAAAGAGGCACAGCCCAUUUUCUUGAAAUCUACAUUUGACGUACCCUCAACUGAGGCAGACGAAACUGAGAUAGCAGGAGUAGUUGUGGAAGAAGUACACAUUGAAGUGGAGGAGUUAGAGGCUUCUGUAGAGUCACCAAUAUCUAAGGAGCACGACAUGGAUAAGGAACUAAAGAUUACAGUACAUGAAAUUCUAACAGAGGUAGUUGAUGUAGAUGAAGAAUCAUCGAAAGAAAGUGUAAAAGUAAGGGGCAAAGUCAAAAAGCCCAAGAAAAAAAUUACAAAAGUUGAGAAAACCAUCACAACUGUACAGACCACUGGUGUAGCAGCCAUUCCUACUAUGCUGGAGCUCCAGCCAACCACCCCUGAAAUUAAGACUGUAGUGGAGGAAGGUGAAGUAAAGGAAGAUUCUCACCAAACACCAGAAAGUGAAACUAUCAUGGUUGAAGUAUCAGUUAAACCUGAAGAAAGUGUGGAAAAAGCAGAAGCUGUAAAAGAGGACUCGACUGUCCUUACCAAAGUGACAUCUACAGUGGCAGAGCAUAAGGAUGUGUCACCCAGAUUGAAAAUGUCUACCUCUAGACCCACAGAUGUUACAACGGAAUCUUCUGUGGAAAAGGCCAGAGAAGCAGCCUCAAAAACUGUUGCUGAGACAGCACUUCAGAUAUUCACGGAUGAAAUUUCAGCAGUGAAAACAGAAUUAACAGUAUACGAAGCAGAUAAAGAAGAUCUCACAGAAAAUGUAGCUACGGUAGAUAGAAAAGUACAGAUUUCAGUGUAUGAGGGACAAGUUAAAUCUCUUGAAGCAGAAACAGAAGAUGCAUUCAAAGGAAUCUCUCCAGAAGCAGACGAUACGAUAACUGAAACAAAGGUGGUCACAGAGCCUACAACCACUAAAACUGAUACAACUGAAAUACCCGAGUCAAUAAUGGCAGAAGAUAGUGUUUACAACACUGAAACUAGAGUGGAAAGAGUACUGGUAGAGGACCAAGCGAAAAGCCUAGACCAUACAUCAGUAAACAUAAUAGCAAAGUUAGAAGCUAAUGAAAUUAUAGCAGAACCAAAACUCAAGAUUAAAGCACAGGAAAGUGUAUUGGAUAUUGAUUUUACAGAGAAAAUGGACAACGAAGAAGAAUUAACCCUUUCUCAAGAUGCAAAAAUAUUUUUGAAAACAAAAACUGCAAUGAGUUCAAUUGACAAAUUAGGUGUUAGUGUUAUUGCAGAAAGUAUUAAUAUAACUAGUGAAGAUACUAAAGGUAAUGAGAUGCAACUUCCUGAAAAGCAUCUUGUUUCAGUUCGUAAGUUAAAAUCCUUAAGAGAAGGAAAGGCAAAGUUUUAUUCUACUGAUAUAACACCUAGUCACCAGGAAACUACUGCUGACCAGCAAGCUUCUGAUUUGUCCAUUUUAGAGAGACGAAGAAGAAUAAUCUUUCCUCAGUUGUCACUUCCAGGGUUUGGUGUUACCGUUCUCCAAGAAAGUAUUUCAAUUACAGAUGAAGAUAGCCCAACUGCUGACAACAGUUUCACAGACAAAAUACACAGGAGUUCUGGCGCUGUUAAUUUGAACCUGUCCAAAGAAGAAGAAAGGGCAGCUGAUGCCUUCACUUUGCACAAGACAAUGGUGUCAGAUGCCAAAGAAACCAAACAAGAUGCAAACAUUGAGCUCCAGCUAAACAAAGAUAUCAUGAAAACUAUAGAUAGCAUCAAUUUAAAAGUACAGCAGCUUAAAUUGAGUGAGGAAGAAUAUGAAUAUCCAGAAAAAGUAUCUCCAGAGUUUCCAGUAUCUCAUUAUCCCUUUGACAACUCUAUCACUAAAACAAAGCUCUUCACAGAUAGUAGUCAUGAACUGUCUCCAGGCAUCACUGACCAAGUUCUGUCUGCAGAUAAAAGUGAAGGAGAUUUAGAUGUUACAAGUUUUAGUGGUCUCCCUGAUACAACAGCUCUUUUUGAGUGUACUGAAUCAAAACAGGAUGACAGCAUAAAUGCCAAUAUUAUAGCACAGUCUCCAGUUACUGAAUCAACCAGAAUACAUUUUCCUCAAUUUUCUACCCCAAAACUCAGUGUUGCUGUUAUGGGAGAAAGCAUUCACAUCGGAGAUGAUGAGGCUAUACAAGCUACAUUGGAUUACUUCUCAGUUGAAGAAAAUGUACAAAGAAAGCUGUCAACAGAAGAAGACAUGAUUAAAACUGUUGGUGAAGGUUCGGAAUCUUCAGGGUGGAAAUUUCAGAUGCCAAGUUUUAGGAUGAAUAUUUUUGGUAAAACUGAAAAAAAUUUGGAUACUUCUCUAGAAUCUGGUAGGAGCACAUAUGAGAAGGCUGAUAGUGUACAUCAAGAUGAUGCGGAGAGUCAUACACCAAAGGCAGAUAAUGACAAACAGUCACCUGUUGAAGAAAAACCUAGAAGUCCCUUUAAGCUGCCAUCAUUUAAACUUCCAUCUCUUAGUUUAAGAGGAAAGAAAGAAAAAAUGAGUGAAUCAAUGAGUAUAGAUUUGCCAGACACUGACAAAGUAGCCUCACAAGAGCAGUUAUCUACUGAAAUUGAAAAAAAGAAAGAUGUUGGAAAAUCAGAGGACAUAACUGCAAGUAGAAUAGAAGGUGCAAAUGUAAAGACCGGUCUAAUUAGCGCAAAAGAAGAACGUGCAAAGAUAAAGCUUCCUAAAUCGGAACUGUCCAAACCUAUAGAAGUUUCUACAGAUAGUACCCAUGUGCUGGCUGAAUCUUUGGAUGACGAUGUUUCCCAAGUUACUAAAAACAAAGAUGGUGAAUUUGAGGCACAGGAUGAUACCAGCAUGGUCUCUCCUGGAUCAGCUGGAGUCCAGAAAUUAGAAAGAAGUGAGAUACAUGUUAAAAUAACUCAUGAACCAGCUGAACAGAUCAAGAUUGAGUUUCCUUAUUUUAAAACACCAGUGAUUUCUGCUUUUGUUCCUCAAGAUGUCACUUCUGAGACAGGAGAUUUAUCCCAAGGCUUUCAAGAGGAGGUACACACAGAAGAAAUGAAAGAUGAGGAUACCCUCAGCAAAACAUACAAAACACCACUUAAAAAAAACAAAGCUAUAGACAUGAGUCUACCUGAGGCUGAGAAUCUAGAAUUUGUUUCUGAGGAGCUAAAAGACAUUUCCAUUUCCUCCCAACAAGACAUUACCGAAUCUAAAAUCAAACCAACAAGAAAAGCAAUCAAGUUAUCUUUUACAAAAGUAAAGAUGCCUGUUUUAACACUUUCUGCUCCCCGUGAAAAAGAAUCUUUUGAUAUUACAAAGCAGCAUGAUGGGCCUGGGCUGGAUCUUCCAGAGUAUGACCUAAGCAGUAAAGAUGAAUUGCCAGCUGUGGACAUUAUUUGUGUAGCAAAUCAAUCAGUCCAAGACAUACCAGAAGCAUUGCAAUCAAGUGAUAUAACGGAUGAAGAGAGAGGUCAAACAGAUGAAAUAAGCUCACAUCAAGAAGAGGCUACAGUAUGUGAAAAAGAAAAGGCCAGUGAGAAUGCAGAACCUCAACAUGUUAGCACAUUGGAAUCAGCUUCUCUUAAAGAGAAGGAGAAAGCAAUCAAAACUAUAAUACACACAGAACCAGCUUCGGCAGACUCCAAUGCCUCUAUACGUAAAAGUCAAACUGAAGAAAGACACAAGACAGUCAAGCUCUCCCACAUCAGCUACAUUCGAUUUGGUGCUCCCUCUCCUGAAGCAGCAGAGGAAGCAGUGGGUAAGAAAGACAUAGAGCUGUUUUCAGAUAGUAGUUCAGGAGAUAUUAAAAGUGAAUAUGACAACGUGUCCCCAGAUGAUGUCAAGUCAAAAAGUGAAACUGUUAAGUCUUCAUCUUUUUCUUCAGGAAUCGUUAAAGAAUAUGAGACUUCUACUUCUGAAAUGGCAGCAUAUGGAUUUUCACUUUUCAAAGUCAAAUUACCUGAGGUCAACACUAGUAUAACCACAAAAGACUUAGAAUACCAGAUUUCUGAAGACCAUUGUGAAAGUAAGCCAGGGCUUUCUGAGGAAAUUACUAUAGAAGCUUUUCAAUCCCAUGAAAGCAGGUUAGAGGAAUCCAAAGCUGGGCUCAUUAAAAGUGAUCUUACAGUGUCUCCUGGAGUCCAUGUAGAAAAGUUGAAGACAUUUACCAUUGAGAUGACAUCUCCAACACAAACAGCUGCCCUUAGUUUCCCCAUACAUCCUAAAGAUGCAGCGAUUGCACAUCCUGAAACAACUGAACAUGUACCUCCAACAAAUCAGGAAGGGCAAAUGAGCAUAAAACAAAAAUCACCAAGCAAAUUUAAGUUCUGGAUUCCAAGCAUUGGCUUCUCUUCUUCAUUAGAUGGGAAUGAAAUCAAUAAAACUGAACAAGGUGAACAAAGGACUGAAGCUUCUCAACCUGAAAAAGAAUCGACAACAGCAUUAUCAAGUAAAGAAAAGGUUCCUUGGUAUAAAUUUCCAAAACUAGCGUUUUCUUCUACUGAGAAACAAAAACCAGAAGACAAAGAAACAGAGCAAAGACCUGAAGUUUCUUCUACCAUAACUGAACCAGAAAAUAUAGAAGCACAAACCUCCUCUGUAGAGCAAGGUGCACAGGCAUCUCUGGCAGAACCGGAAGACUUUAAGAUAAACGAAUCAGACCUUGGUGGAAGUGAGACCAAAUCAACCAAAUAAGUGAAAUUUAACAGUCUACCAAAAGGACAUUAUUGUAUUCACAGUGGGAGGCUGUGUGAGUUCAAUAAGAAUAACAUGAAUAAACUCAGUCAACAACAUUGCUUUAAUCCUGAACAAGCAUGCGCAAAGUCAGAUUAACUCUUUGAGACAAAUUAUUUUAUUAUGAAAAAUUCAUUGAAAAUCACUCUAAACUCCGAUACUUAAAAAAAAAACUGUAGUGAAAGAAAAAUUUGGGGAAUUGUUGACCUUUCUUUUUGAAAAUACCAACUGUUUGACUGUUAUACUGACCCAUUGGCUUCAGUAAUUAUUACGUAACUGACCUGCAACAAGAAGAUUAGACUCCAAUGUGACUUCACUUUCUGCAUGCCAAUUAAUGGGUCAGUUACUCAAAGCAUUUAAGUCAGAGACACCCAAGUGAAUAGUAUUUCAGGAGUAGGAAACCUGUUAAGUUAUAUUGGGGGUUUUUUUUUCGCUUAAAAAAAUUGGAGGAAUUUUCUCAGAAUUGAUGGGUAAUCUCUUCUUAGACACUUGUUACUCGAACAAAUAGACAGAAAAUCUAGUAUAUAUUAAUCAUCCCUGAACCUGUAGCUCUUUUGUCUCUAAAGUGGGUGCACGGCCUACAGUGGUACCAUUGUCAAUUUGAAAUCUAGAUAAUGGCCAGCACACUGGAAGCCAAGCUUCAGUCACAUACAUUGCAAUUACAUUACACCUAUGGAUCAGGGACAUUUAGGUCUCUUUUCUCAAGGUAACAGACAUGGACAAUGGAAAAAGAAAAGAUUAAAACUUGCACUCAGUGUAUGGGAUUGCACUCAUGUUUGUCACCUUAAAAAGCAGGACAAGCAUGUGGACAAGCAAGUCCCCGAAUCGUUAGUAGGAUGUAACGUUGUAUUGCAUGUGACUUCAGUAAAAAAUGUAGGCUGCGCUCCUGGUGUGCAAGACAUUUUCAACACUUCAGAAACAAAAACAGAUGGAGACUCACUCUACUCAAAUCUAAGCCAGGGACUCCAAAAGUUGGAAACUUGGUUUUAAGCUACAAUAAAAUAACAAACAUAUCUUAAGGACAGAUAUUAUCAUUUUCAUCCACUACAUAUAAAAUCCUAAAUAAAUUUAAACCGAUAUGCUACUUAUUGGUCUAAAACUCUAAAUGGUAUACAGAGCUUUUCUCUAUAAACACACAAAGGGUACUAAUGCACAAAAGUAUCUAGAGUAAUGUUGUGUUUUAAACUAUUGUUUUGCUUCUAUUGCAAAUGAUACUUUGCUAAAUCCUGACUAUUCCAGAUAUCAGAUCCCAUACUAUUAGAAGGCAUUCCAACACAGAUUUUCUAUAAGUCCACUUUGGUGUACAAUUGUACUAAAUGGCGUUAAUAAACUAUCAGAAGGGUUUAUCCCUAUGCAAAUGUUAGUCAAGCUCUCCCCUCCUUGCAGCCAGGUUAAAAGGUAGUCUUUUUUCAUUCUACCAGUCACAUGAAAAAUACAUGAUGUGGCACAGAAUCCAUCGCACAGCAAAACACCCAUGUGACCAGGCACCUAUGGAAGCUAUUAUUCUGACUUGUAUCCUGUAUGAUUAGGCCAUGAAGUUAAACUGGAAUAUGAAACAUGGGCCUGGUAAUAGAUACUUGUAUUUGAUUCUUUUCACACAAGUUUCUUG